CAUUCAUCAGUUCCAUGUCAUAACACGCGACAUGACAAUGCUGUGGGACAUUUUUCCGGACGUGAGACUGCUUGACAUUGGUGGGGAAAACCUUAGUGUUGCUCAGGGAGCCUUACUCUUCGGCCGUUUAGUUAGAGAUCUGGCAAUACAAUGAGCUGCAGGAUGAGGUACACUGUCUUCUUGGGUCUGCUCUUCCUCCUCAGUUGCUUAACACACGUAGAAUGCACGCCAAAAGCAGCUUGCAACGAAACAGAUGCUUGCCAACCAGUGACGGAAGAGUGUGUUGAUGGAGUCUGUGAAUGUCAAAAGAAUCACGAUAUUGAAAUCACCGUGGGUCUUGAAAUUCUUUGCACGCCAGCGCCGGCGUGUACACCAGACUGUGAAGAUAACAAAGUGUGCAUUGACGGGCAUUGUCACUGUGACCGUGGAAAGGUUUACGCCAAAGACAGAUGCCAACACUUAGAAGGCUUUCGGAAAUUCUGUGCCAGUUCUGCAUUUUUCUGUGACAUCAACGCCAACCUGUCUUGCAGCAAUAGCACUUGCGUGUGUCUUGAGAGUCACUGGUUUGAUCCUGACACUGACAGCUGCAAGCAUAAAAAUGAAUACCUUGCUGAAUACAAUGUCACAGAGUAUAAAGUCCACCCGGGAAUUUAUUGCCGAACAUCUGAUGACUGUAUAACUGGGCUUAAUUGCUCUAACUUCUCAUGCAAAUGUCCCAAGUCCUGUGAAUAUAAGCGGGAUAAGGAAGUGUGUGACUGCGGAGAGGCCGAAGUGAGUAUAACCUGGCCAAUAGUCGUCGGCAUAAUCCUUGGAGUCGUAAUUCUCUGGUUUUGGGCGAGCGCUGUACUUGCCAUUUUGCCGGAUUAAACAGUACAUGAGCGCGGUAGCACUUAUCUGCAUACGCACCGUACAUCUGUAUGCACACCUGUGUACACUAGUUAGGGAGGGUUGUUAUAUAUAUAUAUAUAUAUAUAUU